UUCAUUUGGACCCAGGGGUCAGGUCCGGGUUACAUUCCAGUGAAAACUUCAGGGUCUGGCAAGUACGGGACGUCAUCCGGAGAAUCUCAGCGCUGUGUGGCUACUGUCAAAGUUCAAACUCCAGCGAUGGCGCAUCUAUCCUGCCGUGCGAGAAAUGUGCGUUUCGUCCUGUGUGAACACAGCAUUACAUCGCUCCCUGGUGGCCAUCUAGGAGAAUACAGGUUUCAGACACUUUCACAUUUGCUUUAAUCCCCUAAAUCUGUUUUUAUACUCAUUCUGUGGUUGCAACCCUCCUUAGCCCAGAGCCAUGAAACUGAAAAUCAGUUUGAAAAAGAUUUAUUUUCACCACAUUUCAUCUGCAACAUUUAAGUCAACGUGUCAACAUCAGGUAUUAUAAUAUUUUGAAGUGAGAGACUUUCAGGAGAUGCAGCACAAGUUUAUUUCUGACGUUUGGAUGAUACACUUGACAAAUCUCUCUCUUUGUGUGUCUAGCUUGUAUUUCUCUGAAAUAAUGAGACUUUCGAAGCUGUAUUCAUUUUAGAACUUUUGGUUGAAACCGCUGUUCGCUGUGCGUCUCAGCGUCCAGGGAGGGGAACCUUGCUCUCCACAGCGCCGCCCUCCCUCUCUCUCAGCCCGGCGUCGUCUUCUCUAAAUGGCGCUCCCAGCAGCCUCCUGACAGCCGCCGAUCAGACGCGCGUUCUCCCGCUGCUCAAACUCGCUGCUCCACCGGCCCCAGACUCGGUUUUUGUCGAUACCAGUUGUUGUUCCUUAAACAUCCACGGACCCCUGAGCAGUAUUUGUUGAUUUUGGAGUUUCUUUGAUUUCCCUCGGUGCGUGAAUGGAGUCGUCCCCGCAGGUUUCAGUUAGCGAUCCGGGCAGGAGCGGCUCUGAGCUCGCGACGCCGCUCACAGAGACGCCGGCGAGCCUGGAGACUCUGCGGGACGGAGAACACCUGACAGCGGCCAGGACUAACAUCGGCUCCGGUAAAGCUCAGAUUGAAAUCAUUCCAUGUAAAAUCUGUGGAGACAAAUCUUCGGGCAUUCACUACGGGGUGAUCACCUGCGAGGGCUGUAAGGGUUUCUUCAGAAGGAGUCAGCAGAGUAAUGCCGCCUACUCAUGUCCACGCCAGAAAAACUGUCAGAUCGACCGAACGAGCCGCAACCGCUGCCAGCACUGCCGUCUGCAGAAGUGUCUGGCUGUGGGCAUGUCCCGAGACGCGGUGAAGUUCGGUCGCAUGUCCAAGAAGCAGCGUGACAGUUUGUAUGCCGAGGUUCAGAAACACCGUCUCCAGCAGCAGCAGCAGCAGCAGCAGCAGCAGCAGCUUCAGCAGGGUCCCCUCCUCCUGUCCCACCCCAGUGUCAGCAGCCCGAGCCCAGGAGACGCUGAGGCUCUGUCCCCUCACCACGGCCUGUCGUCCAACAACAGCCUCGCAGAGUUUCCUGAUGAGCUGGGCGCAUACAUGGAGCAGAGCUCCCCCGAGGGGAGAUCGGUGUCCUCUAAGGAAGACUCUGGAGGAGGAGGAGGUCCAUUCCUCCUUGCCAUCCAGCCGUCCCCAGACCAAUCGGGACUAGAUAUAAAUGGCAUCAAACUGGAGCCGCUGUGUGACUACGGGUCCAGCAAUGGUUUCCUCCCAUACUGCUCCUUCAGCAACAGAGACAUGACGCCCACCGUGUCCAUGGCCGAACUGGAUCACCUGUGCCAGAUAAUCUCCAAGUCUCACCUGGAGACAUGUCAGUUCCUGAGGGAGGAGCUGCAGCACAUGAGCUGGCAGAACUUCCCGCAGGACGAGGUGGAGAGCUACACGAGCAAGCCGCGGGAAAUGAUGUGGCAGCUCUGUGCCGUGAAGAUCACCGAGGCUAUCCAGUACGUGGUGGAGUUUGCCAAACACAUCGAUGGCUUCAUGGAUCUCUGCCAGAAUGACCAGAUCGUCCUGCUGAAAGCUGGCUCUCUGGAGGUUGUCUUUGUGCGGAUGUGUCGCUUAUUCGACUCGCACAACAACACUGUUUACUUCGAUGGGAAGUUUGCGGGCCCUGACGUUUUUAAAGCACUUGGUUGUGACGACUUGAUCACGUCUGUAUUUGACUUUGCUAAGAGCAUGUGUUCGCUGCACCUGACGGAGGACGAGCUGGCUCUCUUCUCUGCAUUUGUUUUGCUUUCUGCAGACCGGUCGUGGCUGCAGGAGAAGCUGCAGGUGGAGAAGCUGCAGCAGAAAACUCAGCUGGCUCUUCAGCACGUCCUGCAGAAGAACCACAGAGGUGAUGGCAUUCUGAACAAGCUCAGGUGUAAAGUCUCAGCGUUGCGUUCGCUGUGCAGUCGACACACAGAGAAACUGUCUGCGUUCAGAUCCGUCUACCCGGACGUUGUCCAGACACACUUCCCUCCUCUUUACAAAGAGCUCUUCGGUGCAGAACUCGAACUGACCCUGCAGGUCGACGACUAAGCGGCGACUCACCGCAGAACUGACCGGCACCGAGCUGUUGGAUCAGCUGCAGAGGCCUGCUGAGCCAGCUGAGGCUUGGAUGGAGACAUGGCGACAUGUCACACGGCCCUGGGUUUGGACGCAGGGAGGAGUCAAGGUGGUUUGUCUCCACCUGCAUUAACACACGUCACGCAGCUGAACCGGAUUCAGCUCGGAUAUUUUAAUGGCUCUUUCAGGAUUAACAGUUACAUUUCCGCACGACUGCUUCGUCUAGACUUCAGCGCAUCCUCUCGCGAUCACGAUCAUUAAAUGGCAUCGCAAUAUUCGUUCACACGUCCCCUGAGAGAACAGCUGUGAAGUGACUUGUCGUGGACGGAUUCCCGCUUACAUGCGAGACACAACCGCAGGUCUGAACUGGAAGCAGCCAACGCCACAUUCUGCUGGAACCUAAAUAAAUAAAGUUGCGUGUGUUUGAAUCCUGUCUGGAUAACAUUGGUUUGUUAUUAUCGAGACACAUUUUUGUAGUCACUUCUUUUCAUGAAGUUUCCAUAAAGCAAAUUAGUGAAAGUCAUGAAUAGGGCAGUUGUGUCUCAUGGUGAUGUGUCUGCUACCAUUUUAAUAUCAAAUCCUGAGGGUCAGUGUGUGUGUGUGUGUGUGUGUGUGUGUGUUGGGGGGGUGGGGGGGUGUAGUUGUACAGAUCUAUUUAUGAUUAAUCUUUUGACCUUUGAUCCGCUGUGUUUGUUCGCAGGAGUAAGUUUUCAUGAGGAAUCACUUGGAUUUAAGCACAGACACCAGAGACACUUAUCUCUUUAUUAUUAAUUUGGCAAAAACAACAUGGUUGUAACUGUGAACCGGAGUUGAUUUUCCUCUUUAGAUCGUGUUUCUAGAAACACUGACCUGGGAGGGAAAGAAGAAUCUGGUAGAAAGGAAAGAUAAACAUGUUACAGGAUGUGAUAAAUAAAAGAACUGCUCCAUAUGUUCUAUGAUUUCAUUCAUAGUCCACCUCCCAUCUGCACCAUCACCAUUAGCCUGCAGCACCAUCUAGUGGUUACAAUGCAAACUGCAUCUAUUCAGCUGUGUUAUUUUGUUACCGUUUGUUUGCUUGUUGUUGACUCUACGUCCUAAAUCUAAGACAAAGGAAAAGAUGAUUCAAGUUAAUUGUGAUUUUCAAACUUUCAUUGCUUAUUUUGAUGGUUUUGUGGUGAGGAUUCAGUUUAGAUGAGAAAAAAAAAGAAAUGCCACCUCGUAAAAUCAGCACCAGGUUUGGUGUAAUCUGUGGUAUUUUAUGAUUUGGCAUCUGGUUUACCUCUGGUCUGGGGUUAGGUUUACCAGGUUAGGUUACUGACAGACUCUUUUCAUCCCAAAAGGCAGAAUCCGACGACAAAAAAGCAGCAGAUUCAUAAUGACAGACAGACAGACAGACAGGCGACUUUAUUAAUCCCUUUGGGAGGUUCCCUCUGGGAAAUUAACAGCUCCAACAUCCACACACAGCACUGUUUAAUGUUGUUUUAAAUACAGGUUUUGCUUUAAAGUUGAAAGAGGGGGGAGAUUUUUGAAGAAAAAAAAGAAAGAUGCAGACUUUGAGGUGAUCUCAGAACCUGAUUUAUCAUCUCAAAUCUGACUCUUCGCUAUAUUUCCUGGGUUAAUCUACAACCGAGACUUCCUGUCGUUCACUGUACAAAUUCCAUGCCGUCAUAUAUUAUCACCUUCACACGUGAGGAGAACCGUGCACACUGACCUUUAGCCAUAACUGAAUGUCAAGCAAUAAUGUAAAUGUUGUAUUUUAUCUUUACUGUGUACAGUUUGGAAAAUAUAGCAUGGCAAUGCAGAUUCUAACAA